AUGGCGAUGGACGCCUCGGUACUGUACUUGACGCUCGGUCUCGCCCUGUUCUCCUUCUUCUGCUCGACCUACACGACGCUUCGCACGCUCCUGCCCCUCCUCCCUAAUCACCCUCUCAACCGUCGAACCGCAGGAUCCGCCGUCGGGUCCUUCCCACCUGCUGCUUCGCCGUCCACCGAGAAGCGACCACGACUGAAGUCGGCGCAGCGCUUUGCCGCCUAUCUCUCGGUCGUCGACAUCUUUGCCGCCGUCGUCCUGGUGUGGGAGGUCUCGACAGCCGUCUCUGGCAACUCUCAGCUCGGCGACUUGAAGCUCGCAGCAGCCCGCAUCUAUCUCGCGACUACAGCGAGGCCGACUCUCCUCCUCGUUGUCGCGAUCCUGUCCUACGCCAAUGUCUGCUUGGGCCGGUCGAUUGCACUCGGGAAGGCCGACUGGAUUGUUUGGGCGCCCGCACUCGUCGUUUAUACGGUCGGAGGUGGCCUAGCAGCACUCCCGAAAGUCGGCGGCUCAAACGUUUGGAUCGGCCUCAUCUCCUGGCUUUCGCUUGUCACGGCUGUCGUCACGGUCUGCUUCGGCCGCCUGCUCGUCGCCAUCCUUCGAGUUCGCCGGAUCACCCAAUGCGAACAGAUCUCGCGCUUCGCGGUCGAGCAGGACAAGAUGGUCUCGCCCGCCGACCUGCCGUACGGCAACUACUUUCCAACCUUCCACAAUAACUUCUCCGGCUUGUCGACCUCGUUCGUCCAUUCGAUCGGCCGCUCGUCUUCCACCGUCAACCUCCCGACCCAGCCAACCAACGCCCCGUCGAUCUUCGAAGGAAAGGCUUCGAGACCGUCUCGCGCUUCGACUGAGGACGGCGAUUACGACUAUCGCCACGACUUCCGUUCGCCUACGCCGGGCUCGACUUACGGACUCCUCGACCGGUCGGCCUCUGCCCUCUCGGGGCGUUCAACACCGCAACUCGGCCCUCGUCUACACAUCUACGAAGACGCGCAUGAGAUCCUCGAGUUCGACCAGGACAAAGCUGACAGCCAGACGACCACUUCUCGUCGCUCAAUCAGCUCGAUCGCUUCUCGCGCGUCGACGUACCUCUCGCCAGGCGGCUUCGUCGCUAAGUCGGCCGUGCGCAACGCCGUCAAGGUGCAGGAGGCGUGGGGAGGACAGACGCCGCCUGGAACGGGUCAUUCACCAGCCGUUGAGCUUUCCUCAAAGGAAGCGAGGGGCGCCCUCGUUCGUAUUGGCGGACACCUCGCGUCUUGCCUGCUCGGAUACGCCUUCGUCUCGCCUUUCGUCAUCUCCCGCCUCAUCCACCCUUCCGCCUCCGUUCCGCUCGUAACCUCCAUCCUUCUCGUCAUCGGCGUCUGCCAGCCAGGCGUCAUUCUCGCCUGGCAGUGCUGGUCGAGCGAAGGGUUCUGGUUCCGCCGCCCUCAUCCGCCUAUUCCAACCUCGUCCUCCGCACUCGCGCUCGAGAAGCUCGAGGUGGUCGUCGAGAACGAGAAGGUCGACUUCCGCGCGGAGAGCCGCGCGUCGACGGUGAGGACCUACAAGGACUCAUUGCCGGGGAUCGUGCCGGACGGCGUGGAUUGCAAUCCGAUGCAGCGUGGCAAACUCGGCCGCGCGAUCUCGAUGCUCGAGGCUCACCCGAAGCUCCAGCUUCUUCCUUCGCCAACCCCCGUGACUUCGACUGCCUCAGCCGUCAAAUCUGCUUCCACCGGUCACGCUCGACUCCGUUCGCUCAAGCUAUCGAAGGCAACCAUCGGCUCGUUCGGCGAGACGGGCACGACCCGACCCCGUGCCGGAAGCGGCGCCAGCAGGAAGACGGUCGGCGGGUUCGAGCAUCAUGCUCGACACGUCUCGGCGCCGCUUGACCCGACCGAUACCUCGCUCGUCGUCUCGCUCCUCAAGGCGAAGAAGCGCGCAAGCGAUUCGCAUCGCCAGCCGAGCCGGGAGCGCAUUCCCUUCGGCUUCAAGGACUCGAACACGCGCGAGCGUCCGGCUUCGACGAGCAUCAGCAAGUCGCCCCUCAUUUCGCCUUCCUUCGCACCUUCUGCCGACUUCACCGGCCUCACUCGCGAGCUUACCAUCUCAUCGAUCGACUCGAAGCCGCACACGGACCCGCCUCCUCCCGUCCCGCCUCUCCCGCAGCAGAUCGACUACCUCAGCGCUAAAGUCCUCCCCAAGCUUGUCCCGUCGAUCAAGCUCGGAAACAACGUAUCUGUGGCUGCGAAGGAUGCGCCGCUUCCCCGCCCGUUGUCGACCACGCCAGCGGACGAAUCGCGCUUCGACUCGUUCGCCUCCCGAAGGUCCCGCAUGUCGGGACGCUUCUCGCUCGCCGGAGCGGUGGAUGCGGGACCAACGAAGGUCGCGCACAUGUCGGAGGUGUGGGUCUCGAUCGACGCGCCGGAGGUGGGCGAAGCGGCGAUGGCGCCGUCCGUCUCGCAAGAACCGUCUCCAUCCGAAAACUCAGCGGGCUCGCCAAGUUCAGCUGCCGAGCACGUCCCGGCGAACGGAGAGAAGACGAACCAUACCCGCACCGCAUCCAGCGGAACUCGCCUCGACAUUUCGUUCGAAUGGGAAGAUGCGAGCGAGGUUCUCGACGCGGGAACCCUGGCAGACGCCUCGUCAUCCGACGAUGACGGGGACAGCGACGCAGAGGCUGCCGCAUUUCAAGCGCACCGGCGCGCUCGUCAAUCUGUCUCGCCUCUCUCGCCAACUUUCGCCACCGGCUUCUCGCAAGACGCGUACCUCAAGUCUCCGCCCUCGACCAGUCACCCUCACUCGCCGAACGGCUCCUCCGACUCUUCGUCCACCGAAAUGACCCAUGCGUACGGCCUGCGCCCGACCCACGUUCCCGUCGCAUCGGUCACCUCGUCUCGCUCCUUCGCCUCGCUAUCGUCGCUCACCUCGCAAGGCUUCCACAACAUGAUGGCGUCGCAAUCUUGGCACGGCGGGAAUAGCGACUCUGCGCUGAGUUCCGACGAACAGCAGCGUCACAAUCGACCCGGCUCGCGCCCGCUCUCCCUGCUCAGUCAGCGCGACGUCAACGUGAUGUCGUCUGAUGAGAGCAGCGAGCGCGAGAUGCAGAAGAUCUCGCACCACCGCGCCGCCACCACCCUCCGCAACUCAAACCCUUCUCAUUCUGCCCUUCCUCGCCUUCCCCUUCCGCCCAUCCCAGCCAGGUCCGAGGAUGAGCACGAUGAAGUACUCAAGACGCCUACUACGACGCCUUCAGCUCGCCGUCGUCGUCCAUCUCGUGCGCCCCACGACGUCGGCCUUCCCAAGCCUACCUCGACUCCUUCCUCGUCUGCCGUUCCGACACACACGCCUCCGAACGUCACAUCGCGCUCUCGAGCCCGCAAGCUCGUCAAAAGCCCCGUAUACAAUGACGAGAACAUUCCGCCUGCUCGCCCUGCCCCUUCUCGACCCCUUCCGCAGCCACCGACUCGCCAGUCCGACUUCACUCGUCCUCUGCGCACCCUUCGCUAG